AUGUCCGUGACAGAGUUUCUGAAAGACCUUCCGUCGCACAAUAGUCGCAAUUUCUCGUUGUACAAUACGGAAAGUGGCAUUCGGACCUCGUCGAAACGCCCAUCGGUUUACAUCUCGACAACGGAUACGCCGUCAGACCAAGUAAUUGUGACGGAAAAGAAAAAUAUUUUGCUGCGCUAUUUGCAUCAGCAAUGGGACAAGAAAAAUAUGCCGAAGAAACGCGAACUUGCUGCUGAUGCGGCGACCGAAGCGAACGCUCGCAAGAAGCAAAAAGUCGAUUCCUUAACGCAAACCAACAAUAGAUCCUAA